AACUAAUAACUAAUAAUAAAUAAUAAAGAAACCAAUCACAAAAGAAAAGAAGAGAGGUUAGAGAAGUAAAAGUACUAUCGUGUCCUCUUCUCCGUUCACGCAAAUGGGGUGCAUGGCUCCAACUCCAUCCAUCUCCUCCUUCUUCAUCUCACCCUCUCAAGCUCACCGUUACCGUCACACUUUCCGUUUCCGUUCCACUAACGACGUUAACCUCACUCUUCUCCCCACGCGCACUCAAUUCAAUUAUCCACCACGCGUUCAACAACACUCCACAACUCCUUCUCCUCCUCCGCCGGAAGAAAAGAAAUCCUUCGCCGUUGCCACCGGCGAGCUUUUCUUAGGUAUAGCUUCACGUCUCAUCAACAGCCGCGAAUCGACUCCGGUGGUGAUGUUCGAGAAUUCGAAUUCGAACUCAACGGUAAUGUACGAUGAGAAAGAGAGAAUUGGUGCUGUUAUGAAAGAUGAGAUUCAAUCUGAUGUGAUUUGGGAACAGAGAGUGAAAGAUAUUGAAGCGGAACGGAGUAGAAGAGUUGUAACUACUCCUGGUUUUAGUUUCUCUGCUGCUGGUCUUCUCUUUCCUUAUCAUCUUGGUGUCGCUCAUUUUCUUAUUCAGAAUGGUUACAUUAAGGAAACCACGCCAUUAGCUGGUUCUUCUGCUGGAGCUAUAGUCUGUGCUGUAGUUGCUUCUGGAGCUAGCAUGGAAGAAGCUUUGAUAGCUACUAAAAUAUUGGCUGAAGAUUGUCGGAAGGGGGGGACUGCAUUUCGGCUGGGGGCUGUUCUGCGUGAUAUUCUUCAGAAGUUUUUGCCAGAUGACGUUCAUAUAAGAUCUAAUGGGAGAGUUCGAGUUGCUGUAACACAGCUUCUUUGGAGACCCAGGGGUUUGUUGGUGGAUCAGUUUGAUUCCAAGGAAGAUCUCAUCAAUGCAGUUUUUACUUCUUCCUUUAUUCCAGGAUAUCUUGCACCAAAGCCAGCUACAAUGUUUCGAAAUCGUUUAUGCAUUGAUGGGGGUUUGACGUUGUUUAUGCCACCGACAUCUGCAGCGCAAACGGUACGUGUUUGUGCUUUUCCAGCAGGUCGUAUGGGAUUGCAAGGGAUAGGGAUUAGUCCAGAUUGUAAUCCCGAGAACGCAUCUAGCCCCCGUCAGCUUUUGAAUUGGGCACUUGAGCCAGCAGAAGAUGUAAUUCUUGACCGACUCUUUGAGUUUGGAUAUCUUGAUGCUGCUGUCUGGGCAAAGGAAAACCCAGUUGAAAAACUAGUUCAAGAUGAUACUACUGCUCCUGCAUUCGGAAAUAGCAUUGUACAAUAACGCAUUAUGGAUUGAAGAUGCAUGAGGAAAUAACAAAUUGAAUUCAAUUAUGCUACCCUUUAAAUGGACAUCACCUUAAUUACCAUUGGAGGGAGGUCCGCAGUUCGUAACUUCUAAGGGUAUAAAACUAUAAAUCUCAUUUAUUUCAUGUAUUUAUUGUACAUUGCGAUAGAAUUCUUGCUGUGGAUGAGAAGAGGGGAAGAAAAAGAAAGCAGAAACAUUUUAUUUAAAAUUUACAAAAUAGGGUGGUCAUAUAGUUUGAAAUCUCAGAUUUUUUUUUGGAUUACAAAAUAAAUUAGAAUUUAUAGCUAAUUUCCCUAUGAAUGACCAAGAUAUGGCAUUUGAGUUUUCUUAGAACUGAUGUCCUGUGAUAUUCAGAAACAAAUUGAAGUUUCUUUGCUUCUUGACUUUGUAUUUGGGGAAAAUUGUAAAUUAAGGAGACGUUUGGAAUAGUUAUUUGGAUUUAUCUUAUGAUAUAAAACACUUGUGUAAUCAUUUGGAAGCACUUAUAAAAGAGUAUUAUGGUAUGUUCAUAA